AUGGAUUCUAGCCAAGAAGAUGAUGUUUUAUCGGUUAAAUCUGAUGAAAAUCUAUCGGCAGCAGUUGCUAUACCCGAUGUAACUCUUUCAACUAAUCCAAGGACAGUACGUGAAUUUGAUACGGAAUUUCAAGAGCUUAAACGUGAAAAUUUUAAUUUAAAAUUACGAAUAUUUUUUCUUGAAGAACAAAGUACAGUUACAUUAGAUAAUAAAGAUACAUCAUCAACAGCAAUUCAACGUCGUCGUGCUCUUCAUACAUCACCAAUUCGCCAUGGUGACCUACAACAAACAUCUAAUAACGAACAAUCAUCAAAAGAAUCUGAUCAAGAUCAGCAAACAUCAUCAGUAAUUCGCCGUCAACAAGAGACACAAGUUAGUGCUAUUCGAUCGACUGAUGAAAGCGAUGAGUUACAACAAUUAAAACUUGAACUUGAACGAUGUCGUAAAGAAAGUUCAGGACUUCGUAAAUUACUUCGUGAUUCUGGUGAAAUUGGAGAGAAUAUAAGACUAUCAACUGUUGGUCAAAAUACUCAAACAUUCACAACAGUAACUUCAGACACAGCAAUGCCUGUUAGUCAAUAUACUGUACAAUUCAAUGAACGUGAAAGAAAACUUCAAGAAGAAAAUAAUUUAUUAAAACAAGAAACAGCUUCAUUAAGGUCAAAAUUAACUGAAGUUAAUAACAGUCUAGAACAACUUAAUGAGAAAUAUAAAGAAGAACAAAUCAAAUCCGAACGUGUAUUGAGACGUUUAAAAGCUGAUUAUGAUACACGUAUUUCUACUCUGGAAGGAGAACAUCAAAAAAAAUUAGCUGUAUUUGAAUCAUAUCGACAUGAGCAAGAACAAACAGGUUCUGAUGGCAAUUGCGAAGAACACCUUCGAACAAUACGUCACCAAGGUUGUAUCAUUAAAAAACUUGAAGCUAAAAUUCAGGAACUCACUGAACGCCCACUUCCACUAUCAACGAGUUCUCACCUAACUGAAGAAAAUUCUCAAAGCUUCAAUGAAAAAUUAGAACCAUAUAUUAAAAUAAUUGAAAAUUUACGAGCAGAAUGUAAUGAACUUCGUCGAAGUGAAGCAUAUUUACGAACACAAGUUGCUAAUUUAAUUCAUAUUUUGAAUCCAUCGACAUCAACUUCAGAUUUACCACCAUUACCUCGACCAUCACCAUCGAUUGCUACUGAAACUCAUCAAAAUCCUGAAGCAGCUGUUGCUCAAGUAACAGUACAACUUCGAAAUGUUGCUGAUGAUGUAUCUGGUUUAACAAAUCGUAUAUCGAAAAUAAAACGUGAUUAUGAUGAUAGUCAAACUACAAUUAGAAAACAAGAGAUACAAAUUCGAGAAUAUGAAGCACAUCUAACUGAAAUUGAAAAAGAAAUGAAAGAUCAAUUUGGUUUUAGAAUUGAAACAUUGGAACAAGAAAAAAAUAAUUUAAGAAUACAAAUUGAUGAACGUGAUCGUCGUUCAAGAGAAAUUACCAAUGAUAUUGCUCGAAUGAGAUUAGAAUCACAACAAGUUAUUAAUGAUCUUGAAACUCAAUACACACGAGAAACACAAAAUUUACAAGAACAAAAUCAAAGAUUAACUGAACGUAUACGUCAUUUUCAAGAAGAAUUAGAUAAAGAACAACAAACAAAUAAUGAUUUACGAAGAGAUUAUGAAAAUUUACAACAGAAAGCACAAAUCGAAAAUUAUGCUAUUGAAUUUCGAGAAAUGGAAACUAGUUUUCAAGAAGAACGAUUUCAUCUACAACGAGAACGCGAUUUCGAAAGAAAGAAAGUUAAUGAAAUACAAAUUGAAUUAAAUAAUGCUACUACACGAUCUAGAGAUCUUCAAACUCAAUAUGAUCAAUCACAAUUGAUUAUUGUCGAACAACAAAAGAAAAUUGAAAACCAAAGCCUAAAUGUUCAAAGUCAAAUAGCUCAAUUAGCAAUCGAAAGAGAUAAUCUAGACAAUCAAGUACAAAUGAUUAAACAUGACAAACAAACAGUGGAAAAUCGACUAUAUGAAUAUGAAACUAAACUUACUAAAUUAACACAAUUAAAUAAUGAAUUAAACGAACGAAUAAUUGCCUAUGAAACGCAUUCACGUGAUAUUAAUGAUGAUAAAAAACGAUAUCAAACUGAACUGAACAUAGUACAACAUGAUAAUCACAAUGUAAUACAACGGUAUCAAAAUGAACUUAGUACAUUACAACGUGAUAAUCAAAAUGCAAUAGAACGAUAUGAAACUCUUCAACGUGAAAGAACAGACUGGGAAAAGAAAUAUCAUAAAGUAUUACAUGAUAAAGAGGUUCUUGAAAGAGGCCAUCGUCAAAGUCUAACAGAGCUUCAAACUCUAAAAAAAGAUAAUUUUGAUCUUCGUCAUGAAUUAGAUAGACUUGAGAUUAGAAUUCGUCUUGAAAUUAGUCAAGAAUAUGAACAAGAUUAUCGUAAACGUUACAGUCAAAUAUCCGAUGAUCUUGGAAAAGAAAAAGAAAUUCUUGAAUGUACUCUUCAAGAAAAGACUAAUGAAAUAGCACGUUUUGAAAGACAAUUACAGACCCUACAAAAUGAAUUACAAGAAGCCAAUACAAUAAUUCAAUCUUAUGAAAAUGACAUUGAACAUUGGAGAAGCGAUCUUAGAAGAGCAGAAGAAGUCAAUAAACAAAUUGAACUUGAUGUAUCUCGUCAAUAUACAAGUCAAUUAAACACUCAAAAGGAUCGCAUACAAAAAUUAGAAAAUCAAAAUCAAGCAUAUGAAACACAAAUCGCUGAGUAUAAACAACAGUUUACAAUUGUUCCAAAUAAUAUCGAUCAACUCGAAAAAGAACUUCGUGAAAAAGAAAUUCUAAUACAAAAACGUCAAGACGAUCUUACUGUUGUUGAAAAUGAACGAAAAGAUACUCAAACACAACUUGAAAUUCGAAUUCAACAAUUAGAAAAAGAUCUUCAAACUAAAGAAGAAUUUAUUCAAACACAUAUUGAAUCCCUUAACAUAAAAGAUCAACAUAUUGAAAAACUUCUUGAAGAUAUUAAAAGAGUUGAUAAUCCAAAUAGUAGUACAAUUGAAACAUUACAUCAAGACCUUGUCAAACGUGAACGACGAAUUGAUGAACUACUAAAUGAAAAAACUUCAAUUACUCAAGAAUAUGAACGAUAUAUUAGUGAAUUAAAAUUAAAUAUUCAAGAUUGUAAACGUAGAUUUACUCAAACUAAUGAUCAAUUACAAGAAGCUGAACAAAAAAUUGAUGCAUUACAAUUUGAAAUUGACGAGCUUACGCGACGUCGUAACUCUUUAGAUUUUAAUCUUAAUAUUGCUCUUGAAGAUAAAGAAACACAUUUGGAUAGAAUAAGAAAUUUAGAACAACAAUUAGAAAUGGCAAAGAAAACAAAUGGUGUAACUCCAUCCGAUCAACGUAAUCAAUAUCAAAGUAUUAUUGAUGAUCUUAAUGAAAAAUUUAAACAACGUGAAAAUUUAGUUCAGAAUCUUCAAAAUUCUCUUCAUCAUUCUAAUGAAGAAUUAAACAACCUCUAUCAAGCUCAUAAUAAACUUCAAAGUGAUUAUAAUCGAAUAACUCUUCGUAACGAGAGAAUGGAAAAACAACUUAAAUCUGAUGUAGAAAAUCGUGAUCAAUUAAUUGCAACAUUACGUCAAAAUUUAUCCGAAAGAGAACGAGAGAUCAAUAAAUUACAUGAAAUUAAUAUAGAGAACGGAAAAAAAAUAAAUAAAUUACAUUCGAAAUUUAUUGAAAUGGAACCAAAUUUUGAAUCAAUAGUAUCAGAUGAACUACAAAGUAAUUAUGAACAUUUAAGUCGUGAAGAGCUUUUAUAUGAACUUGAAAUGUCUUUACAACAUAAUGAAGAAUUAAAUGAACAAUUAAAAAACAAAUUUCCUACUAUCACUGAAUUACACAAACAAUUAGUCGAAAUACGACAUGAACUUUCACGUCAAAAAUAUGUUAAUCAAGUUUUAUGGCGUAAACUUAAUGCAUUAAUUGAUAUUCAUGGCUCAAAUACACGAGCUGAAUUAGCUGUUGAAUUAGCUAAUUAUCAGGAUGAACUUGCAAAAUUAAAAUUACAACAAAGCCGUACGGAUGAAGUUCGCUCAUCUAAGCUCAAUGCUAAUUCGAGAUCAUCAUCAGGUCUUUGCUUAGUAUUUUGUUGUUUUGUAUUAUCUGCAUUUAUUACUUUUCGAUAUCCCUAA